AUGCUGAAAUUACGAAAUGAUUAUAUAUUAUUAGACUUUUAUUUAAAGUAUUUUUUUUACAUUUACAUGUUCCAAUUCUACAAUUUAAGUAUUUCUCAAUGCUGUACAACCUGUUAUAUAAAUAUAGAAAACAACAUUAACUAUGCUAACUAUAUUAACUAUAAUUUAGUAAAAUUUACCUUUUUUGUAAAAGACAAACGAACCAAAAGAAAAGCAGAAAAAUAUUGUAAGGAAAAUAUGAAGACGAAAUACUUUAUGAAUAAAUACAAAUCUUUUACUAUUUUGCGUUUCUUGCUGUCCCAGAGGAAGUUAGUUUUCUACCAUAACAAAGUGAAUAUGCAUGGAAGAAUAUGUUAUUUUAAGAUUAUUAUAAAAGAUUUUUAG